CCAAACGCGUCUGAUCGCGCUCAAAGCUGGCAACCGCGUUGUAUCCUAAUUUGAGCUACAACACGAUGAUAAGCAAUUAGUAAAAGCGAACUGCUGAUCAUGGUCAACACCACCUUACAAGCUCUCCUCUUUCUGUGACAUGAUUUCUUCCAUACACUCAUAUCCCUUUCUUUCACGUCUCAUACGUGUAACAAGUUUCCCGAAUUGAGAGUCAGUAGGCCAAGGGACGAGCUUUACCGCAGACAUCCUGACACCUUUAUUUUCCAUCUGGAGAGCACACUUAUAAAAUCUUUUUCAUGGAUCUAACCGUUUCAAGAACUCGAGCGGCCCAAAGACGCCCGUUGCGCACCUACAGUAAUCGUUCCGCUCAGAGUGACUGCACCGAGCCAGUGACAAAGAAGCGACAGGCCGAAGGCCAAGAUGGGCAGCGUGUAACAUCAACUACGAUCGCAAGUACCAUGACGACUCAACCAGAGACGAAAGCGAAUCUGCUGCAGCGUACAAUGCAGCCAUGCAUGAAACAGCAGCCUAGGAAAGAGUCCAUCCUAAGCUACUUCAAAAUCGCAUCACCAACCUCCGGUUCUGUAUCCUGUUCGCAGCUGUCCAACGCGACCGUGUCCUCGUCGACCGCGCCGUCUUCGCCGCUCAUGGUGGAAGCUCGACAGAGGAAGCGUCGGAGGCUGACCACGCGGCCGCUUCGAGAUUCCAAGAUACCCGGCCUACUAGCAGAUGAUGCGGCUGAGAAACAAACACAGUUUACGUCCUCGACUCUAGAUAAAGCUGAGGCCGCACUGAAAGAAUCGAGCAUAGCACGUCUGAACCGACAAGAGAGGGACGAGAAGAGGUUUAACGCUGAAAUGCGUGGAAUGAAUAGGCGGCAGAUAUCAAAGCUACCUACAGUCCAGACAACGCUUAGCCUAUCUGUCCACGAGAAGGGCUUCGUUGAGUGUAAGGAUUGCAACGUGCUAUACAAUCCCUUCCACGACAAAGACGCCAAGUACCACACUAGGCGCCACGCAGCAAUGUUGAAGGCGAAGUCAGCUGCAGGAAACACCUCACGGUAAUCGCCACGUAGUAGAGAAGACUUGGGUCUGGACAUUGGCUUGGAGCGUUGGACGAUGAUGUUUGAUUAUUUGUGUCUAGGAACCAAUGAAUGGUGUUGAGAUGGACAGUGCGUACAUGGCUUUAGCGUGCGGAUAACGUACCCUACGGUCCAAUUGAACACUUCUUAA